UGAAUUCUUGCACUUUUCAAAGACCACCAACGUCGCUUCCUCCUUCCAGUCAAUCGCUCUCCCGGAUUGUUUCUGUCUUUCAACCUUCGGCCAAUUCGCUCGUUUGAUGGCCAUUUGACUUUUUUAAGCUUUAAUUUUCAUCUUUUGCAAACCUUGACAACUCCGGCUUUUCCGCAUUCAAACAAAUCACAAACCACAAAUCAUCCGAUCUCGCACGACCACAAAAUGAGGACUGCAGCUCUGUUGUCUGCGGUGGCGGCCGCGACCGCCGUGAACGCUGGCCCGACCAGGGCCCGCGCUACCGAACUCGAGCCCAUCACCGUGAAGGGCAAUGCCUUCUUCCAGGGUGAUAAGCGGUUCUACGUCCGCGGUGUCGACUACCAGCCCGGCGGUGCCGCGGCUAACAUCGAUCCCCUGGCCGACACCAAGAUUUGCCUGCCGGAUAUCGAGAAGUUCAAGAAGCUCGGCAUCAACGUCAUCCGUGUCUACUCGACCGACAACUCGAAGGACCACGAUGAGUGCAUGAACGCCCUCGCUGAUGCCGGCAUCUACGCUGUGCUUGACGCCAACAACCCUCUGUACUCGCUCCACCGCUACGAGCCCCACGGCUCGUACAACACUCCCUACCUGCAGAGUGUGUUCGCCACCAUCGAUGCCUUUGCCAAGUACUCGAACACCAUGGCCUUCUUCUCCGGCAACGAGGUCGUCCACGACUUUAAGAACACCACGCUCGCGGCCAAGUACACCAAGGCCACCGACCGCGACAUGCGCCGCUACAUCAAGGCCCGCAACUACCGCAAGAUUCUUGUCGGAUAUUCGGCCGCCGAUGUCAAAGACAACAUCAUGGAGACUGCCACUUACUUCAACUGCGGCUCGGACGAGGAGCGCAGCGACUUCUUUGCCUUCAACGACUACUCGUGGUGCACCAGCGACUUCGUCACUGCCGGCUGGGACAAGAAGGUCGAGGCUUUCCGUGACUAUGGCCUCCCGCUCUUCCUGUCCGAGUACGGCUGCAACAAGAACGAGCGCAACUUCCGCGAACUCGAGUCGCUCAUGCACAGCAACAUGACCUCGGUCUACUCGGGUGGUCUCAUGUACGAGUACACCAUGGAGCGCAACGACUUCGGUAUCGUCGAGAUCAAGGGCGGCCAGGAGAACGGUGGCAAGGACCAGACCGGCGACCGCAAGGAGCUGGACGAGUUCGCUGCCUUUGCCGAGGCCAUGGAGAAGUACCCCGCCCCUACUGGCGAUGCUGGCUACAACAAGAACGCCAAGGCUUCUGAAUGCCCGGCUGAGACUGACCACUGGGCCGUCGGCACCUCCACGCUCCCUGACAUCCCCGAGGGCGCUCUCAAGUUCUUCGACGAGGGUGCUGGCAAGGGUCCCGGCCUCAACGGCCCCGGCUCGCAGUGGGCCGUUGACCAGGCCUCGACCAGCGAGGGUAGUGACACCAGCAGCGGCACCACCGAUGGCGAUGACACCGAGACCUCGCCCAACGCCGCCAUGCGUGGCACCAUCCCCAGCCUCGACACUGCUCCCUUCCUUGUCUCUGGCGCCGUCCUCCUCUUCACUGUCCUCGGUGCGGUCGCUUUGUAAAUUUAAGGGAUGAAGACCGGUGUUGGAUUCGAGUGACUUGGACUAUUUAACCCUUAAUAUACCUAUGGUCUAGGACAGUGGCAACAGCGCUUGUGUUUCUUGGGCAUCAUGCAAUGGAAGUUUGAUUUUCUCUCAUCACUAGUUCUGGGGCGGUUCUUGGAGUUAUAAAAUUUAUUUGUGCAUCUUGAUAAUUAUAUCGCCGACAUGUUCAGCUCUGCCA